AUGCUUCCCCGCCAGCAUCCACUCCCACCGUCACCUCAUCCAAACACUUCCAGCAUCACCUCAUCCAAACACUUCCAGCAUCACUUCAUCCAAACACUUCCAGCAUCACCUCAUCCAAACACUUCCAGCAUCACUUCAUCCAAACACUUCCAGCAUCACCUCAUCCAAACACUUCCAGCAUCACUUCAUCCAAACACUUCCAGCAUCACCUCAUCCAAACACUUCCAGCAUCACUUCAUCCAAACACUUCUAGCAUCAUUUCAUCUAUCAACCACCAUCACCUCAUCCAACCACUUCCAGCAUCAUCACCUCAUCCAUCAACCACCAUCACCACCUGCUGCAUCGACCACUAAUCACAUGUGGUUAACAGGUGUAAAAUGUAAAGCACUAAUGACAACUGUUCCCGCGGUGUCAACACCAUUCAAACACAAAUUUUCAUAUGAAGACGAACAAGCGAACAUCGUCGACGAGCGACCAGUCAACGCACAAACACCGCCAGCGACCAGUCCACGCACAAACACCGCCAGCGACCAGUCAACGCACAAACACCGCCAGCGACCAGUCCACGCACAAACACCGCCAGCGACCAGUCCACGCAUAAACACCGCCAGCGACCAGUCAACGCACAAACACCGCCAGCGACCAGUCCACGCACAAACACCGCCAGCGACCAGUCAAUGCACAAACACCGCCAGCGACCAUUCAACGCACAAACACCGCCAGCGACCAGUUAACGCACAAACACCGCCAGCGACCAGUCCACGCACAAACACCGCCAGCGACCAGUCAACGCACAAACACCGCCAGCGACCAGUCAACGCACAAACACCGCCAGCGACCAGUUCACGCACAAACACCGCCAGCGACCAGUCAACGCACAAACACCGCCAGCGACCAGUCAACGCACAAACACCGCCAGCGACCAGUCAACGCACAAACACCGCCAGCGACCAGUCAACGCACAAACAUCACCAGCGACCAGUCCACGCAUGA